AUGAACCCUACAGUGGAGGAAGUUAGUGAUGAUGGCCACGCCACUCCAAAUGCCAAUCCCAAUGCAAACGAACCCCCAGUCCCAUGGUCGGAGAUCUUCUCCCGUCAUGAGGCAGUCCUCUGCUCUCACCUCGAAAUGCUGAGCAUGGUGAAGGAUCAGAUUGCUCCGGAGGUCAAUGGCUUCCAGACCGUCUCGUCAAUGGUGAACAAAACAGUGCUGGCGAUGAACCAGUUGAAAAUAGCUAGAAAGCACAUGAUGAGCAGAACCGCUACGCCCUCAACCUCCAACUCCUCCAACUCCUCCAACUCCUCCAACCCCACACAGUCCACUGACACAGAGGCCAACACCCGCAAGAAAAGACGCAGAAUUUCUCGAGACAACGACACAGUCCGUCCUGGUCCUGGCCCCACGGACGAAAUGCGAGCUCCCAAACGAUACUGCAACUCUUCCUCCCAGCCAACACCCGAGCAGGAUGGACAAUUCGCGUCAACGUCACUUGGAACAGAGGAUAUCUCAGCUGAAGUCCAGCGGCGGCUGAAAAUCAAGGAAGAGCAACGUUUGAAGAAAGAAAACCCCAAAGCGGAUAAACGCAAGCGCGAAAGUCUUGCAUCAAAUGAAGGCGAAUCACCUAUUGCACCCAAGCCUCGGAAGAAACGACUUAGGCUGGAGAAUGGGCAUAAGAGAUAUGGUGAUUUGGUGGAUAAUGACGCGGAUUCUCCGAAAAAGAAACGACGCAAAUCGCCUUAA